CUGGUGUGUUCACUUCCGCGCGGGGAAGCGAUGCAGAGCGGUGGAAAAUGGCAGAGCUGCAGAUGCUUCUAGAGGAGGAGAUCCCUUCCGGCAAGAGGGCGCUGAUAGAGAGCUACCAGAACCUGACCCGGGUGGCAGACUACUGUGAAAACAACUACACACAGGCUACAGACAAGAGAAAAGCUCUGGAAGAGACCAAAGCGUACACAAUCCAAUCUCUAGCUAGUGUUGCUUAUCAAAUAAAUGCAUUGGCCAACAAUGUUCUCCAGCUGCUGGACAUCCAGGCCUCUCAGCUUCGGAGAAUGGAAUCUUCCAUCAAUCAUAUCUCACAGUUGCUGAUAGCCCAACUCCGCCAACAUCACUAUUUUUAA